CACGGUUCUUCUUCUCUUGUAAGGCGCCAUCAGCAGGUAACACUUAUCACUACAGGAGGAAUGUGAGGUAGCAUGUCAAGAGUUGACAACCUGUCAACCCGAGACCUGACCCCAAGACCACACAGCCAGAGCCAGAGUAAAUGCACAAGCUGUGGAGCUCCUCUGUAGCCAGAUUGGCUCCAGUUUUCAUCAGAUUGUCCUCAAGAUUAAAGAGCACAGGAGGAAGACCUUCAGCGCCGCUCGGUUCACGGAUUCUGACAAACCCUGAUGACAUCUUUAAGCACAACAUGUGGGAUCAUGUACAAUGGACAGAAGAGGAGAAAGAAAACGCACGGCUGAAGGCAGAAGAAAAUUCAUGUAUACAAAUUCCUUUAAACGAGCAAGGUAAAUUUGACACAGAGGCAUGGCAAUACUGGGACAAGUUUUAUAGGACGCACCAGAAUAAGUUCUUUAAAGAUCGCAAGUGGCUGUUUUUAGAAUUCCCAGAACUGCUUCCUUCAGGUGUGAAAAGCCAAGACACAAACAGGUGCCUGGGUGAUCAGCAGGCGAAAUACUCAUUGCCUACUGGAUACGACACAGAAACCAGACUCUGGCAACACAAUGGCCUCACACACUGUCACAGAAACACAGACACCUCAGAUCAUCCAGGAGCAGCACUGGAAAAAGAUGAAGCUGACAUACAGAUGACUCCUUUCCCUGGCCAGCAUGCAUCUUUCAGGAUCUUGGAGGUUGGAUGUGGGGUUGGCAACAGUGUAUUUCCCAUCUCUAACUCCAUAAAAGAAAUGGACGCUUUUUUGUACUGUUGUGACUUCUCCCCAUGUGCCAUUCAGCUGGUCAAAGACCAUCCAGACUACGAUGACUCAGUGUGUCAUGCCUUUGUCCAUGACAUUUGUGAGGAGAUGGCCUCCUUUCCCUUCCCUCCUCGGAGCCUGGAUGUUAUUCUGGCUGUCUUUGUGCUCUCCUCCAUUCACCCAGACCGAAUCCAAGGGGUUGUGAACAGACUAUCUGCAUACCUGAAACAUGGAGGGAUAUUACUAUUCCGUGAUUAUGGGAGAUUUGACAUAUCACAACUCAGGUUUAAGAAGGGACGGUGCUUAUCAGAGAAUUUCUACACACGUGGAGAUGGAACCUGUGUGUACUUUUUCACUAAAGAAGAAGUUCAUGAUUUAUUUUCCAAUGCUGGACUGGAAGAAGUUCAGAAUCUAGAAGACAGACGACUCCAAGUGAACAGAGGAAAGAAAGUUGCAAUGCAUCGGGUUUGGAUGCAGAGCAAGUACAGGAAAUUAUAUCCCCCUUCACCAUCCUAACACCCCAUCAUGCACAGCCUUUUUUGAAGCGAUAGAACUUUUUUUAUAUAUGACUUUUUAUACUGUGAUACUCAUUCAUUCAUUCAGUCUUUUUUUCCAUAUUGAAAGAAGGUGUGUACAACCAGAAGACUGUUUACAAUAAACUUGAAAAGCGUCAAACAAAA